CCAGGGUUCCUGAGAUAAGGCUGUGCCCUCCUCCAUAAAGGCAGCCACGAGCAGAGCGAGGUGUGUGAGCAGGUCUGCCUGAACUCACCAUGCCUGGGAGAGAGCUGCUGCUGCUGCUGCUGGCAGCAAUGGCGACUCUGGUCGCUGCCACAGGGGCAGAGCUGAAUGAAGGGGGUGGCCUGAGAAGGCCAGUGUGUGAAAACCUGGUUCACCUGCAGGCCUGUCCCCUCCUGUACUUGCCCAUCUGUGGCAGCGAUGGGAAUACCUAUGCCAAUGAAUGCCAGCUCUGUGUGGAAAAAAUGAAAACCAGGCAAGACAUCCGGAUUUUGAAAGAUGGGCAGUGUCAAGAUACCUGAGCUUUCUGAUAGCUUUCCUGAGACUAAAACCAGGUGAUUAAUUGAUCCUGUGUGUUCUGUGUGAAUUGCACACUUAAGCUAGCUAUGGUGAAUAAUAAAAUGACAUGCACAAUCUUA